AAAAAUUUAAAAUAUUUCUUCUUGCCGAGGACCUUGAAGCUGUUUCCGAUGACCGUAAAACAGCUCUGCUGCUCCAUAACAUGGGUGACAAGGGUGUAGAAAUAUACAAUUCGUUUAAUUUGGAGCCAAAGCAAACCUUUGAAGAAGUCCUAAAGAAAUUUAAUGCAUAUUUCAUUCCUAAAGUUAACAUCACGAUGCAACGCCACAAAUUUUUUACAAGGGCACAAGGAGCUACAGAGUCCUUCGACGAUUUCCUUACUGACCUUCAGAACAGAAGUAUGACAUGCAACUUCAGUGACAAGAGAGAGGAACUCGUGAGAGACGUUAUCGUUAUAGGUCUAGCUAAUACCGCUAUGAAGGAGAGGCUUCUGCGCACGGAGGAUCUGACGCUGCAGAAGACCAUCACCAUGUGCAGAGCUGCGGAAUUGUCUCAAAAGCAAGUUACGGAACUAACGAAUGAGAUAGCUGCCACCUCCGUGCUCAACGUCAGCACUGCGCCAGUACAUAACGUCAACAAUGUCAAUACUUCAAAAACAAGAAGCGUCAAGACAAGAAAAUGCUAUCGCUGCGGCAAUAACUGGGAUCGCACGCAUCAAUGCCCAGCUAUAGGUUGCAAGUGCCAGAAGUGUGGUAUUCCUAAUCAUUUUGCGAAGGUUUGCAGAAACAAACAGGUUGCAGCCAUAACAGAGAAGCAGGUUGAAGACGACAGCGAGGAGUCCUUCUUCGUUGGCUGUAUCAACAGUGAGUGUGAAUGCGAAUGAAAAUGCAAUUCCCAGAGCCGAUCCACCUCGUCGGGUCCCUAUAGCACUAAGACAGAGCCUUAAGGACGAGUUGGACAAUAUGGUGAGACAGCAAAUAAUCACCAAAAAUGAGG